CAGCGAGCACUUCUAUUGGUGGUAAAUCGACCAAUGAGAAUACCUCCAACUUCGGUGCGAAAUUCGUACUGCGAACGUGCUCAGCAAAAUCUGCACGGAAGGAAUCGCUGUUGCUAUCUUGGCAGCAAUGACACUUUCGGUCAAGCAUCGAUAGCAACAGAUAUUGUGUGGCUCAUCUCUCAUGAUAAUGGCCGAUGGUACGUCAGAUGGUGGCUGCAAGUUACUUCGCCAAGCCUUAUCCAUGCAGCCACUUUCUUAUUUACUGCGUUCCCAGUAAAUCUCCUGAGCCGUCCUUUCAUCAAGAGCUAAAUACACCAGUUAUGGGCAAUUGUCUCGGAAAGACUACCUCUGCCAUCGCUACCACUGACUCGUUCGUGGACGUGCUGUUCUUCCCGGAUCCCGCGAUGCCCUGCAAAAACUUCCACUCGGGCGAAGGCUGCACACGUAAAAAUUGCAAGAAGAUCCACGACCAGGGCAGCUCGCUCUUGACGAUGCUAGGAUACCUCAAAGGUGCCAAGAAAACCAUGGACAUUUGCGUCUUCACGAUUACCUGUGACGAAAUUGCAGACGCCGUGCUGGAAGCCUUCAACCGUGGCGUCAAAAUCCGCAUCAUCACGGACGACGGCCAGGCAAAGGGCCAAGGCUCCGACAUUCAGAAGUUCAUCGAUGCGGGGAUCCCUGUUCGCGACGACAAUGCACGGACCUACAUGCACCACAAGGUGAGUUGGUUGUACUACUUGUCUUAAUUUGUCUUUAACUUGUUGACGCUGCCAUCAGUUCUGUGUCAUUGAUAAAACGAUUUUGCUGAAUGGAUCCUUCAACUGGAGUCGCCAGGCUGUAGUGGGCAACAACGAAAACCUCGUCAUCCACAAGAACGGACCUAUCGUCGAUCGUUUUGAUAAGCAUUUUGACCAACUGUGGGAGAAAUUCGAGCGCUGAAUGCCUUUAGAAACGAUAACUACCGUAGCAAGAAACUAGCAACAUGAGUUUUAAAUUCUGGGUCGGAUGUAUAUAAUCAAAACACCAGUUCUUUUUGCCAAUAACACGCAAA